CACCCCCAUCAGCUUCCUCCCUGAGAAUGAAAUAAAUAAACAAUGAAUGGUCCACUCUCCGCGCGCGCCUCAUCCCAUCUCAUGCAUGGCUGCCAGUAAUGGUCUACUGGGUGUCAGCUUUUAUUGGCGCGGCACAAAGCAAGUGCCAAAGGCUCGGCGGCGCGACUCCCCGCCGCACACUCGGCCCGCGGAUAAAAGCGAGCAAAAUGCCCCAGUCGAGCUCAGAGACAUAGUCAUGUUGGGCUGGAACGAGGAAGUGCAGUGGAGAGGGGAGGGACUCCGGGCGCAGCUCCAUGGGGCCGCCGCGGCGCUGCGACCUUCCGCACAUGGAGCCGGGGAGAGUUGGAAGAACUUCAUACUGCAAACUCAAGGAAUAGCAGAGUAUUUGCACCGCAUGGAGACCGAGGAGGCCCAGGAAAUGGCCCAGAUGCCAGGCAGAGACAGCCCCCCUGCCAACGAAGCGUCGGAGGAGGCCGAGGAGCCCAUGGCCGUCCCCGAGGACCUGUCAGCCAGCUCCACCCACCAGCAGAACAACAGAGGGGACAAAGCCUGUAACAUUAAAGUUGAGGCUCGCAGUGAUGAGGAGAAUGGGCUGGCCUGUGACAUGAAUGGCGCGGAGGAGGAGGAGGAGGAGUGCGCGGAAGACUUGCGCGUGAUUGAUGCCUCCGGGGCCAAGGUGAACGGCUCACAGCCGAGCCCCGAAGCCAAGGCCUUCUCCUCGGCCGGCGGUAUCCGGCUGCCCAACGGGAAGCUCAAGUGCGAUAUCUGUGGGAUAGUUUGCAUUGGCCCCAAUGUGUUGAUGGUGCACAAGCGAAGCCACACGGGAGAGCGUCCCUUCCAGUGCAACCAGUGCGGCGCCUCCUUCACGCAGAAGGGCAACCUGCUGCGUCACAUCAAGCUCCACUCGGGGGAGAAGCCCUUCAAGUGUCACCUGUGCAGCUACGCGUGCCGCAGGAGGGACGCCCUCACCGGCCAUCUGCGCACCCACUCGGUUGGAAAACCUCAUAAGUGUGCCUACUGCGGGAGGAGUUACAAGCAGCGCAGCUCUCUGGAGGAGCACAAGGAGCGGUGUCACAACUACCUCCAGUGCAUGGGGCUCCAGACCAGCAUCUACACAGUAGUAAAGGAAGAAAGCAACCAGAAUGAGCAGAGGGAAGACUUAAGCCAGACGGGAUCUGACAGAGCCUUGGUGCUAGACAGACUAGCUAAUAAUGUAGCUAAACGUAAGAGCACUAUGCCACAGAAGUUUGUGGGUGACAAGCGUCUGCAGGACUUGUCCUCCUACGACGGCGGAGCCGGCGAGCUGAUCCAGCCCCACGUCAUCGACCAGGCCAUCAACAGCGCCAUCAACUACCUGGGCGCCGAGUCCCUGCGGCCCCUGGUCCAGACCUCCCCGGCCUCGUCCUCCGAUGUGGGCAUCAACGCCAUGUACCCGCUCCACAAGCCCGGCGCCGAGGGCCACGCGGGCCCGGGCCUCGGCCUGUCGGCCAAAGACAGCGCCGCCGAGAACCUGCUGCUGCUCUCCAACUCCAAGUCGGCGUCCAGCGAGAAGGACGGCUCGCCCAGCCACAGCGGCCAGGACUCCACCGACACCGAGAGCAACAACGAGGAGCGGGCGGGCGGCGGCGGCGGCGGCGCCGCGCCGGGCCUCAUCUACCUGACCAACCACAUCACCUCGGGCGUGAGGAACGGCGUGCUGCCGCUGGUGAAGGAGGAGCAGCAGAGGCAGUACGAGGCCAUCCGGGCCAGCAUGGAGAUGGCCUCCGAGGGCUUCAAGGUGGUGGCGGCGGACGGGGAGCAGGUGAGGGCGUACCGCUGCGAACACUGCCGCGUGCUCUUCCUGGACCACGUCAUGUACACCAUCCACAUGGGCUGCCACGGCUUCAGGGACCCGUUCGAGUGCAACCUCUGCGGGCACCAGAGCCGAGACAGGUACGAGUUCUCCUCUCACAUCACACGGGGGGAGCAUCGCUACUAAGUCCCCGCACACCCGGAAUAAGUACAACACAACGAUACACUGGUGAUGGCUGAGGGUUGUGUGUUUUUAUACAAAGUAUGCAUGUUUGUUGAACACAGAUAAAUGUACACGCCUACUAAAAAAAUGAAAAGAAACUAAAUAUUUACUGAAGCAGAGCUACUGUGCCACAUACUACAUAGGUUUUGAGUCAUGUAUUUACAUUUGCCACCUGUAUAAAAUGUACAAAUGUGACUUUUGUUUUGAAAAAAAAACAGACAUAUAUUUGUGUCUUAGUUUGAAAGUAGAAAAUAUUUCCAUUCCUUCAUUUCAAAGUCUCGGCCACUUACUGAGGAGUCGUGAAAAGGUUCUUUUGUGCAGUUGCAACUUUAACAUGGAUUUUAAAUGCAAUCAAUAAAAUCUCAACAAUCAGUGUAGAUAAUCACACAUUUACCUUGCAUUUGUAGCAACCUACAUAUUAUUUAUAUCACAUAUACACUCUGUCUGUUUUUAUUUGUAUUUAUUACAGUGGUUGUUGUUUGUCUAUAGAGUAGUUAAUAAAAGAUGCAUCUCUUUUUGUUCAACUGUACUUAAUGUAUUUGAGGUGAAAACAUGACUGCUGCUGCUGUUAUCCUGGCCUUUUUGUUUUAUACCUGAUGGCUAAGAUUUGACUCAUAUAAUGGAUGUGAGACAUUUGAAGGGAGGUUUAUGCUUGCAAAAUAUCAAUAAAGAAUAUUUUAUAUAUGCA